AAAUGGCACCAAAAACUAUCUUCAUUACCGGAGCAAACAGAGGAAUUGGAUUGGGGCUUGUAAGAGAGCUCUUGAAAGUUCCAGGCGUCGAAGCUCUUGUUGCUGGAGCAAGAAAUAUCGAUGGAGCUAAAGAGCUUCAAUCUCUCGCAAAAGCUGAUGCUCGUCUUCACUUGAUCGCAGUUGACGUUUCCAACGAUGGAAGUCUCGAGAAUUCUGUUAAAUCAGUUUCUGGAAUAGUCGGAGAUCGUGGUCUGAACUUGCUCAUUAAUAAUGCUGGACUCAUUGAAUCAUAUGGAACUACAUCUGCUCCAAAUCGUGCUUCGGUCUUGCACUGUAUCGAUGUGAAUGCUGUCAGCGCACUGCUAGCUUCGCAGCAUUUCCUUCCUCUUCUCCAAAAAGCAGCUAGCCACGUCUCUGGAGAUUCCCUCACACCUGACCGUGCCGCAAUCGUGAACAUUGGCUCUGACUGUGCAUCACAAGCACUCAAUCUGCGUGGAUCCGGUCCGUCGAACUCACUUCUUGCCUACAAAAUGAGCAAAGUUGCUAUGUUAAGCUUCUCUCGCUCGAUGGCUGCAGACUUCAAGCGUCUCGAAAUUCCAGUUCUGAUCACCAAUAUUCACCCAGGAUGGGUGCAGACAGACAUGGGAGGAUCGAAUGCUGAAAUUUCGGUUGACGAGUCUGUUACAAAAAUUGUUGCGAGCAUUGCAAAGCUGAAUGGUGGUCACCAAGGAGGUCUCUUCAAUCGUGAACUAGAAGAGAUGCCAUUAUAAACGUUCUUUGUCUGUUUUUCAGUUUGGAACAUAAGUGAUAUGUGAAUAAAAAAAGUUAAAAAUCAU